GCAAGAAAGGAAAAGAAGUGUUGCGGAUCGCCCAACGGCCAACGCUGUGUUCGGCCGCCAGCUUUGACUCUCCCGCGUAGCUGUAGCAAAUAGUAGUAGUGAGGGCGAGGUGGCCUUAGUCCGCUUCUGCUCGUAGCGCUUUAGAAAAAAGGAAGCCACGGUACGAAGCAGCGAAAAGAAGAAGCGUCGAACUGUAAAAGCUAGUUACUCGCUAUAUAUAUAUUUGUUUCUCUCUCUCUUUCCCAUUUCAAGAUGCUGCGCCGCACUCUGCUCACGCGUGGCCAUGCCACGUCGAACCUAUUCGCGCCGCCCCACACCGGUCGCUGGUUCAACCCACCGCACCAAUGGACGGUGAGCGACACCCUGGUGCCGGCCUUCUUCUUAGGAUUCGCACCCAUGGGGAUCUGCGUGUACCUGUACCACGCGGCGUACAUGCCGCACUACUCCCACUACCAGGAGAAGAACUACUACCCCGCUCAGGUGUACACGAAGGAGUUCAUUCACAAGUAUAAGCGUCUCGAGCGCUGGCGCUGGUACUGA